CUUCACACACACACACAGACACACACACACAUACAGUCACAUGCACUCACACAUCGAGCUCCACCAGCGCGCGCUCCAGUACACAGCAGUUUUACCAGUUUAAGUCAUUGAUAUCUGAGGAAGACAUCAUCUCUAAAGCAUCGUUUCAUGUUUCCUGGAUACGGGUUCCUUACGUCUGCUGGAGGAACCUUAAUUACCUCAUAACCGAUGGCGACUGAAGAAAGCAACGAUGCAGAGUUCCAGGAAAAAACAGGCUUGAAGAGGAAACUAACAGGACCACCACGACUUCUGUUGGGCAAAUCCAGGUCUCCGGGUCAAGAGGAGAGGAAAUCAAGAAAGCAUAGAAGACAUGACGAGGACGCCGACGACACGCCAACGGACGCAGCGAAAGACGAGCAAAGCCCUGAAUCGCACGAGCAGACGAGUCCUGAACCUCCUGAAAUGCUCCUAACUACAGAACCUGAUGGAGGAACUUGUACAGAUCUUCAAGAAAGGUGUUUGGAAACUAAUUUGGAACAAAACACAAAGAAAAGGCGGAGAAGAAGCAAAGCUGGAGCGACCAUUAGACGGAUUUUCUCCUGCGUUCGGAAGAGAAAGGAGCUGGGAAUGAAAGCUGUGGAGGACGCUGAGCAAAACACGUACCACGGAGGACACAUCAACAUCCAAGACGAGGAACUCCUCACACAUUCAGGCGAAUCCUUGAAAAUGAAGAAGCCGGUUAAGAAGAUCAGCUCAAGGAAGUUCAAGGUGCGAAUGUGGCGCGUCUUCAGAAAACGUUCAUCCACAAGCAAGCAGGAAGGGGAAGAACGUGGAGAAGAACGAUAUAAUGAUACCUUCACUGAAAUAUCUUCAGAAACAGGUGCUGGUCAGCGGAUAUCUGCAGAACCACCAGCUGUGGAGGAUCAGCAAAAUGAUUCGAGCCUGAUUGUCGAGGACGUGACCAGAAUCUGUGAGGAAAACUGUUUGGAAUCACAAGAUUCCAAAAAUGAGGUUAUAGAAAUGGGUUCCUUGAACAUAGACGUGAACGUCGUCUCGAAUGCUGUGUUCGUUCAUGAAACCGAAAGUCCCCAACAUCCACCUGAACCCCACGUCUCACGCCUCUCAGAUGAAGAGAUUCAGAUGAGCGAGUCUUCGCUAACAGAGGUUAACGAGUCUGAUUCUGAUCCGGAAGAUCCCAGGUCGUCUCCUGAAGAUCCGGUUAGAAUGGAUGACAUGCUAGUCGAUGUUCCGGUUUUCAAAUGCAAACCCGUCAUCACGAUAGAAGAUGUUCACUCAUCAGAAGAAGAGAACGACGAAUUGUUCGAAAACGUGGCUCCGCGAUACGGAACCCUGUCUCCGCUCGUCUCGCUUAACGGAUCCUGUUACACGUUAAAGACUCCGGAGAGACGUUUUUCCGAGAUCCUGCUCGCUCAGACGGCUUUGUCUUUGGUCCGAGCAGCUAUUAGCGGCGCCGUAGAACAACUUUCGGCUGAGCUGUAGAGCCGUCAGAUGGAUCAGGAUCGUGUUUAACACUCGCUAAACAAAACACAAAAGCUAAUCCGCACAAAUAUCACGCUGAGGCACGGCUUCGGAUCGUCGGAUGAACGUCAGUGUGCUUUUGUUCCUGCUUGUUGUGAGACGGUAUUGUGCUCAGAGUAACAGAUCUGUAUCAUGUUUUGACCUGUAGGUGUUUUCAGUGUUACCUUGAUAUAAUAAAGAUGAUCAGAAAUAUGGCAGAAAUAUCUCUGGAAAAUAAAUAUAUAUGUAAGUG